UGAAAGAUCCACUGUAUAGCGCUAGAGCGUGCCAGCGAUUGAUGUGAUUCUAUCCUUGUGUCCCAGCAAGAUUGACAAACAAGCCUGCAGUAAUGUUGCCAGAUACACACAUCUCCUCUUGACGUCUCUAAAUAUAGAUGAUGAAAGCUAGGGCUCUGUUGCUAUGGAGACUGAAUCAGAAAUGCCUAUGGAAACUGAUCAAACAGAGAAAACUGACAAAGGUACCUCCGAAAGUGAACCAAUGGAUUCAGCUGGUAAUGAACUUGAAACCAAGGAACCAGAAACCAAGGAACAAGACACCAAGGAUCCAGAAACAAAGCAACCAGAAACCAAUCAACCAGAACUUGAGGAAAAUAUUUCCAAGGUAACAAUUGUCCAGGAAACAAGUGUUAAAGAAACACUUUUUAAGGACGUGGUUAUCCCCGAGACAAGUUCACCAGAACCAAGUGUCCAGGAAGCAGAUAAAGAAAUAGUGGAAAAGAAACUGGAUAAAGUGGAAGCCAAAGAAAUGGAAACUGACGAAAAAGGAACUGACCACAUGAAAGAGGAUGAAGAAGGAACUCACCUCAUGAAAGAGGAUGAAAAACAAACCGAUGAUCAGGAAGCCUCAGUCACAGUGGGUUUAUCAGAAGAGGUAUCUAUGGAUACACAGGAAACAACAGAAGUCACUGCGACAAGUGAAGUCGUAGUUCCGGUGGCUGAGCAGGAACCUGAGGUGAAAGAGACCGAAAUGAAAGACCAACAAACCGAGAAAAUGAGCGAAUCCGAAGUAUCAAAGUCAAAAGAAUUCGAAACAAAGGAAGCAGAAACCAAGAUAAUUGAUCCAGUUGAUACAGCUUCUGAAACUACUGACAGUAUCAGCACUGCCAAUGAAGAUGAAAAAGAAAACGUCUCGCAAGAGAGUGAAUAUGGAGAUGAAAAGAUGAAGGAAGAGGAGUGCUAUUGCGGCAAAGAGAGGACUUUAGAGGGCGUUGAACUUCAGUGUAGUGGUUGCCUGAAGUGGUUUCAUGCAGGGUGUCUCUCAAUCAAUAUUGGUUACUGUAUGUCUUUCAUGACAGCGUAUUCUUUCACUUGCCGUGUAUGCCAUCCGUCCAACACAGAGCAGUUCACCAAAAAAACAUGUAAUUUCAGUCAGCUGUGUGUUGCUGCUCUUGCAAAUCUCACCCAUCAACAAAGGAAGGCUGAUAAACCUAAGCGUAUGUUCUCCAAAGAUAAAGAACUCAUACCCUACAUCAACAGACACUGGGAGUAUUUAAGUGCUAUGUCUCGGAGAAGCACCACUACAUGGCACAAUUCAAUAGUCAAGGCUAUGAGCAAUCAAGACCUUUUCAUUUCAAAGGAGAAACCAACACUUGAUGAUGAAAAUGAAGAGGACUUCCCACUGUUUGGACUUGCAGAUGAUGAUCUAUCUAAAGUUGGUCCCAGCUAUGAAAAACAGACAUUACAAGGAAAAAACGAAUUAGGCCAGAAAAAUGGUUCCCUACUUACUGGAUCUUUCAACUCUGGUAACCUAAGUUCUUCAGGCAAAGGUCGAAGUAGCAAGAGGAAAGGUGGCCUAGAGAGCAGUCAGAACCUGGUGUCCAGCAAAAAAACACGGAGUGAUCUUUCUGCAUCCCAGAAGCUUCCACCUCAUGGAUACCCAAUGGAGCAUCCUUACAACAAGGAUGGCUACCGCUACAUCCUGACAGAGUCAGACCCUCAUUCCCCAGCUACUACAUUCGACCAUGACCAGUUCAUAGGCAAACCCAUUCCAGCCCACUUGUACAGAGCAGCUCUGAGUACAGAGGUUCUUCUAGCACUGCAUGACAGAGCCCCACAGUUGAAGAUUUCUGAUGAAAGAUUAUCAGUGACUGGAGAGAAAGGCUAUAGCAUGGUGAGGGCGACACAUGGUGUGAACCGUGGCUGCUGGUACUAUGAGGUGACUAUUGAAGAAAUGCCUCCAGAGACGUGUACACGAAUCGGAUGGUCUCUCUCAUUAGGCAAUCUGCAAGCUCCUCUUGGUUACGAUAAAUUCAGCUACUCUUGGAGAAGUAAAAAAGGGACAAAGUUCCACUGUAGUAGAGGGAAGCAUUACAGUGAGGGUUAUACCAGUGGUGAUGUGCUUGGAUUCCUCAUCAAAUUACCUGAUAAUCUACCACCAGAGAAACUCUUACCUCCCACCUGCAAGGAUAAGGCUUUGAUAAAGUUCAAGAGUCAUCUGUAUUUUGAGGAGAAAGAUCCAAUUCAAGAAGUUGAGCAACGUCUACAGAAAGCUGAAGGAAGUCAGAUAAUAUUCUAUAAAAAUGGUGUGAGUCAAGGUAUUGCAUGGGAGGACGUCUAUGAAGGAACAUACUAUCCAGCAAUAUCAACUUACAAAAAUGCAGUGGUAGUGGCCAACUUUGGGCCUCAUUUUAAGUACCCUCCUACGGAUGUUGCUGAGUUUGAACCAAUCCAGAAUGCAGCUAGCCAGUCAGCUGUAGAGAACACACUCGCUGAUAUCCUCUAUCACGUACAAAAUGAAGAUGUGUAUAUCGAAGCACAAAACUUGGUAGCUGCAUGCUCUUGAAAAGCUAGUCGAGAAGAGUUCCAGUUGGGAGGGGGAUAAUCUGAAGGAGAGGGUUCAUUUUGGAGGUGGGAGAGGGGGGUCACUAGUUGGGAGGCAGUUGGAAAGGUGGGAGGAUGGCUGAAAAUUUAGGAGUUACUGAGGAAGCCUGGGGAAUUGUAGAUGAGUUGAGAAUCAGGAACAACUAGAUAAACGUUAUUACUUGAUGUAAAGAUGGUAUGCAAGUUAUUUUUUAAUCAAACUCUAGUAAGAUCAGGUGGAAUAUUGCUAAUGUAUCUUUAUAGAGUAUAUAUAUAAUUUUAAUAACAAUCAAUGUUGUUAAAGAUGAAUUUCAUACAAAUUUGGAAUUGAUCAAAAUGGAUACCUACAAAAAAUACCUUGAAAUUUAAGAAAAAAUUAUUAUGAUUGGCAUUGCUGUGCCACAUGUUCAUGUGAUCUUCAAUUAUGUAGAGCCUCCAUUUAUUAUGCUGUCUUCUAUUGGCUGAAGAAAAAAGGGUUUCUGUUUCACUAACUCUGCCAAAGGAAUUUAUUUAUUCAGUGCUGUCUGUCUGAAAAGGUAAAAAAAACAAGGUUAUAAGGUCACAGAAAUUCAAUACUUUACCCACAAGCAUUUAUAAUGGAAUUGUUCAUCAUACAUGGCCUGCCUAUUGUUUGGUAUUCAUACACAGGAAGGAGGUAUGCACUCAUGGACUGACGCUGCAGUUCCUUGAUAUUUCACAGCAGGGCACCCAUAACAAAGCCAGUACUGCACUGGAAAAAACUAUUGUAAACUAAGGUAUUUAGUUGGCAGAGUAUUGGAAAGGCCCUCAAAAGGUAUUUUUGCAGUUUAUAUUGUGGCAAAGACAAGCCAAACCAAUCACUCAUCUCAAGUCCUGUUUCGGAGAUAAUGACAAAAACAUCCUGGAAUGUCAACAUUUUGGAAAUCUAGUUAAUUGCAUAAAACUGACCUUUAUACAUCAUGCUAUGCUAUUAUUUUCCCCACUUUCACUGUUAACACAACAAUUUUUAACGAUUUGGUGAUGGUUUCUGUGCGACAUAUUCUUAUUUACUGAUAUUGGCUAAGGUAUAAUUCAUUGAUAACAUUUUAAAAGUAUCUAGAUGAGAUAAUUAAUGUCAUAAAUCAGAACAUGUGGAUGGGUAAUUGAAAUUACAUAAUAACUACAUUUAAUGUGGGGCUAAUGCAUUAAAAAUUUC